CAUGGUUUGUAAUACUUUAAAUGAUAGGAGUGCGAUAAAACCAUUAACUAUAUUUAUAUUUAUUUUGAAAAUACAAUAUUCGUAGUCUGUGAUAAAACUCAUAAUGUAUACAUUUAUUAGUCCACGAGUUUUAAUUAUCAAUGUAGCUUUAUAAGUUAUGAUUUUCAGUAAAAACUUUACUUUUCAAAUUUAAUUAUUUGAAAAAUUGUAAAUUUAAAUUAUGUCAAUUAAUUUAUUAUUGCAAAAACCCACAGUUUAUUAUUGCUAAAUGGAAUCAGUAAGCGUUGAAAGUAAAGAUGAGGUCUUACAAAGGCAUAGAAAUGAAAAAAAAAACAUGCAAUGCAAAAUUCAAUCUUUGAAAAAAUCUGUAGCCAAAGGUGAUCGUAAGAGAAAAAAGGAAGUGGCUGAACAAAUAGCAGAAAUUGAAGUAAAAUUGAAUCAAAAACAGUUUGAAGAAUUAGAAAGAUUAAAUAAUGAAAGUGUAGAAGAUGUUUUUAACAGCUCUCUAGAAAAAAUAUCUUUAGAUGAUUCAACAAAUAAAACAAGUAGAGCUGAAAAGCGUAGAAAAAAGAAAAUUACUCAGUUAAAAGAACGUGAAGCUACAAUUCAAGAACAUGAAAUAAAAAAUUUAGGAGGUGCUCGUCAUAAAGAAACCCAAACAUUACUUCAAAAAUUAAAAAAUUUAGGAAUGUCUAUUUAUGAUAUUCCUUCUGAUGGUAAUUGUCUUUACAGUGCUAUUGUGCAUCAACUGAAAGAAGUAACUGGCAAAAUAUAUACAGUACCUGAAAUUCGAAUGAAAACUUCAGACUUUCUUAAAAAUAACAAAGAUGAUUAUAUACCAUAUUUAAGUCAUCCAGAUACAGGAAAUAUUCUUACUGAUGAACAAUUUGAUGAUUAUUGUAAUCAAGUAGCAAAUACUGCUCAAUGGGGUGGUGAAGUUGAACUUAGGGCUUUAUCGCAUAUUUUUAAUACUCCAAUUAAAAUCGUACAAGCAGAAGGGUUUGAUAUUACUAUUGGCAUAGAGUAUAAUGACUGUAAUAAACCGUUAAUAUUAGUAUUUCAUCGCCACAUGUAUGGGCUUGGAGAACAUUACAAUACUGUGUGUUUAAUUUAAUUUUCAUGAUAUUUCUAAUAUGUAAUAAAAUGAAAAAACAUUAAUUCUUUUACUAUAAAAACAAUGACUGCAUAUUAUAAUUUUAAACCAAAAAAUUUCAUUAAAAUAUAUUGUCAGAUAAAUUA